AUGAUGAUGCCGCCGCCGCGUCUGAACUUAGAAUUAAAAUUGCCUGGGACUCAAGGGCCCGUUGGUCGCUUUCCGUGCCCUAAUCCGUUCUGCAAGAGUGUUUUCAAGGAAAAGCGGCACCUGGGGACUCACAUAAACUAUCACUGCGGAAAACCUCCGCGGUUCCAAUUUUUCCAAGGCGCCAUUUUUGCGGAGCCGUACCAACCUAGACGCCGCACUACAAUAGGCCAAUACCCGUGCCCGAAUUCAAACUGCAGAAGUGUCUUCAAUUCGUACUACAAUUUGCGAAGUCACAUAAACAAUCAUUGUGGAAAGCCUCCAAGAUUCAAGUGUCCUCACUGCGACUACCAGACAACUUGGCGGAACGAUGUCAAGAGACAUGUUAUAAACAAACAUCAAGACGCGGUUACUCCCGUUGUCGAACUCUACAAGCCGAAUUCUCAAAGAAGAGACAAAUUUAUUUGUCCGACGGAAAAUUGCUUCGAGAUUUUUAGGCACAAGAAACUUUUGAUUUAUCAUUUACAAAAUCGCUGCGGAAAUGGCUCUUAA